AUGGCGUCAGGCAGUCCGACGGAGGUGAGGGCCCCAAGUGGUGGUCGGGUGGAGAAAAAGUGUCAGAAAGAGCACCUUGGUCGGGAGCCAACACCAUUGGAGUUGCAUAUAAGAACUCAUCAACAUCAAGCUGACCAGAAGUGGGUUGAUGAGAAGUCUAGGAAGGCUCAUGAUGAUUUCGUACGAGUUAGAGAAAGUCGGCAGUCCACUGGCGAGGGAUCAUCUUCUGGAUCGGCCCACAUUUCUGAGUAUCAGACAUGGUCAGAAGUUGUUGGUGGAAGACAGAGGGGGAGGGUAUAUGGCAUGGGUUCACAGACUUUUGCUAUUGAGGGCAGUACAUACACCUCUACAUUUCAUGAUCUAAGUGGAGCUGAAGAAUCUGUAAGCGAGAGGGUUGCAGCGCUUACUAGAGAGAUUGAGGAGAUGAAAAGGGUUCAAUCUAGAGAGAUUGAAGAAAUGAGAAAGGUUCAGAAUGAAAUACAAGCAGAGUUGCAAUCCUACAGAGCUGAAAAAUAG